UUGACUUCUCGAUGAUCUAGCCGUAGCUGGCUAGAGCUGCCGGGUACUUUGUAUACCGUACUAGUAGCUAAAAACCAACCCGUCAAGAGCUUUAGCAAGAAGUGAAACCAAGCCAAGGCGGUGGCAAAUCUUAUGGUUGGCUUGCUGGGGAUCGUACGGUACAGUAUCCCUAACACUAUCGGGAAAGUCUUUACCCCAACCACUUUUCGAAGAAAAUCCACUGGCCUUCCCCAAAGAACAUCGGCCAGAGGACCCCCAAAUGCCAAUGGCCAGUGAGCCACAGAGCCGCUGCCGAUGAAGUGCGAUUGGUCGAGCAUAAUAACAGGCAGCGAAUACUCUAACUAAUAACUGGAUACCGGUAGAGGGCUCCAUUGGGACCAGAACAACCUUGCCAACACUACUGGUACGGAUUCAAUUCAGGCAGACUGAGGAGUCGAUUCGAGUUUCCUGAGAGGCUCGUGUAUAUAUAUUUCCAAAGACCUAUUAUCAUGGCUGGAUUGAGGAGACUCGACGCGUUCCAAAAAGUGCGUCGGGAUGUUCAGUCCAAGUCUGCGUUGGGAGGUCUGAUUACACUUGUUGCGAUAUCUGCGGCAGCAAUUUUGUUUGUAUCCGAGAUCUUUCUGUAUCUUCGAGGCGUGACACGACACUCUCUGCAUCUCGCCCAGUCCACUCAUGUUCCCUUGACUCGGCCCUCUCACUCGAUCAGCGACAUGCCGGGCAAGAUACCCCUCAAGUUCAUGAUCACAUUUCCCCAUUUGACUUGUCGACAGCUUGAUUUUGCCUUGGACGAUGCCAGCCAUUCCUCUGGAACGCUGGAGAAAGUGUAUGGACGACAAUCUUUGACCCUAAGGACUCCCACUCUCAGUGAGCUCAGGCUCGCCAUGGAGACGGGUGCCACACCGGCCCAAACUCGAAAUGGAUGUACCAUUCUGGGAGAUCUCAAAAUCCCACUGGUGGCAGGCGAAUUUGCCAUUACCAUUACACGACGGACAUGGGCCGAAGCUACAUCGACGUUGCUGUUGGGCCUAUUGGAUGAUCGUCAAAUCCCUGAUUCCGGACUCUCCCAAAAACUGGAAUUUAAUGUCAGCCACUACAUUCACUACAUUCGCUUUGGUACGCCAUUCCCAAGGGCCAAGGACGCGCCGCUGGAAGGACGGCUGCAUACGAUUCAAAACAAAAUGGGGGGCAUUGCCUUGCAGCAAAUUCACGUCAAGCUAAUCCCGACAAUAUACCAACGGUUCCUCGCAGCCAGCACUACCUAUCAACUCUCCGUGGUGGAUCACACAGUGCAACCAGAAACGUUGGUAGCCAAGGGUGUCCCCCUCUUACCGGGAAUUGCAGUCAGUUUUGACUUUACACCCUUGGCAGUCCACCAUGUAGAGAGUCGGGAGAAUAUCUUGGUGUUCCUAUCAUCGUUGGUGUCUAUUGUUGGUGGGGUCUUUGUCACUGUGGGAUUGGCAACGGGCAUGUUGGUCCAUUCAGCUGCCGCAGUUGCCAAAAAGCUGGACUAGGUAGGUAGCUACUAGCUAUGUAGUUACCAGUAGCCUUUAGUUUUCUACGGUAGCGUACCAUGAAUCUGUGGUACCCGUAGUUACAUACAUGUAGCACAGUACUGGUAUCGAGAAGUGACAUUUUGCGAGCUGUUGCGGGGCGGACCGAGCCACGUAUUACGGUACCAUAUAUCGAAAUACCAUAAUUCGAAAUGGAAAAGGACAUCUAAUUUUCAAAACAAAAUCAAGACGUAUCCUUGGCCCUUGCUAAGACUAGCUACAGUAGUACUACGGUAGGAAUUCUCGCAAGCUUUUGCGGCAUGUGUCGGCUUUGUAGCAGGUCCAGGGUUGCUUAAUGUCGAGGACAUGCCAGUGGGCCAGCGCCUCUAGUAGCUACAGUAGGGGACACACAAAAGGCGUCAAGCGCCUUGUUUGAAAGACAUGGCCAGGUAGCUAGAAGAAGAGGGGCUUGCUUUGUGACUCUACACUCGUCCUACUACCUUCAUGGCCGAAUUGUUGAUGACUCCACUCCCGAGGCGGCCCCCAACCAAGUGGAACCAAGCACGAAGGCGACGGAUUGCUCGUUGGCGGAGCCUGCAAAGUUGGAAGGGUCAACUGCCCACAGAAUACUAGACCAUAAGGUACGAUCGAACCACUUUCAACUGCUCCUUGCCUUGAGUUGUGUUCCUAGCCCGCC